AUGGAGGAGGAUAUCGUAGUUCCUGUACUGUGUGCUGUCAUUUAUGCUUUGGAGCAAUGGGAAGAGGAGUCCCAAGAGGGGAGGGACCAAGAGGAGCCCCAACAAGGGAGGCUAGAGGAGCCCCAAGAGGGGAGGGACCAAGAGGAGCCCCAACAAGGGAGGCUAGAGGAGCCCCAAGAGGGGAGGCACCAAGAGGAGCCCCAACAAGGGAGGCUAGAGGAGCCCCAAGAGGGGAGGGACCAAGAGGAGCCCCAACAAGGGAGGCUAGAGGAGCCCCAAGAGGGGAGGGACCAAGAGGAGCCCCAAGAGGGGAGGGACCAAGAGGAGCCCCAAGAGGGGAGGGAACAAGAGGAGCCCCAACAAGGGAGGCUAGAGGAGCCCCAAGAGGGGAGGGACCAAGAGGAGCCCCAAGAGGGGAGGGACCAAGAGGAGCCCCAAGAGGGGAGGGACCAAGAGGAGCCCCAAGAGGGGAGGGAACAAGAGGAGCCCCCCGUCCCUGUGCCACGUGUUAGGAUCAGACGGUCUCGCCAAUUCUGGAGGGCUGUCCCUUCCUUUGGCGAGCUGUCUGAUGAUGAGGUGCUGCGGAUGUACCCCCUGAGCCGCGCCGCCAUUUUGCAGGUGUUUGACCUAGUUAGAUGGGAUCUAGAUCCUGUGACGGCGCGGUCUCAGGCGCUGCCCGGGAUUUGCAAGCUGCUUGCGGUCCUGCAUUUCCUGGGCAGCGGUAGUUUCCAACAGGUCUCCGCGCACCUCGCCGGUAUGAGCCAGCCCACCUUCAGCCGCAUCCUGACGCAAGUGCUCCGGGCGCUUCUGCCGCACUCGCAGAGGCUCAUUUCCUUUCCCUCAACCGAGGCAGAGUGGACAGGGGUAAAGCAAGACUUUUACCUCAUUGGCCGUUUUCCAAAUUGCCUGGGAGCCAUUGAUUGCACCCAUGUUCCGCUCACACCGCCUCGGGCUCACCGGGAGCGCUACCGUAACCGCGAGCGCUCCCAUUCCAUCAACGUCCAGGUGGUGUGCGAUUCCCACCUGCGGAUCAUGAGUGUGAGAUCUGGCUUUCCCGGAAGUGUCCACGAUGCCCAUAUCCUGCGUCAGUCGGCCCUCUACGAGCGCUUCACCCAAGGAGAGAUGCCCCGGGGCUGGCUGGUGGGAGACGCAGGAUACGGGGUUCUGCCCUGGCUGAUGACCCCCAUACGUUUUCCCCGCACACCUGCCCAACGUAGGUACAACCGUGCCCAUCGGAAGACGCACAAGGUCACCCAGCGCCUGUUUGGGGCGCUCAAGUCGCGCUUCCGAUGCCUCUCAGUCAAUGGGGGAGCCCUUCUUUAUUCCCCCAUUAAGGUUUCAGAGAUCAUCAUUGUCUGCGCCAUGUUGCACAAUGUGGCACUGCAGCACGGCCUACCCGCAGACAUUGAUGAUCAUCUGGAACCUGAGAUUGAGGGGUACGUUGGCAGGCGCUGGGAUAACCGACAGGGGAGAAGAGUGCGGAAUCAGCUCAUCGCCUCGCGCUUUCGUUAGGCGGCUGAUGGUGAUGUGCCGGCGUGCCCCUAGCCGUAAGGCCUGCCCGGGACUCCUCCUGCUGUUUGUGGGACCCUCCCGUGCUGUCCCCCCCCCCCCCCC